CGGAGGGCGCGCGUACAGAUUGUGGUGGGCGCGGCAUGGUGCGUCGGUGACGUCAUCAUGCAGACAAUAAAAUGCGUGGUUGUGGGUGACGGUGCGGUGGGCAAAACCUGCCUUCUCAUCUCUUACACUACCAACGCUUUUCCCGAGGAGUACAUCCCCACUGUCUUUGACAACUACUCCACCCAGACUAGCGUGGACGGCCGCGCGGUCAGCCUGAACCUGUGGGACACGGCCGGACAGGAGGAGUACGACCGGCUCCGCACGCUCUCCUACCCCCAGACGCACGUCUUCAUCAUCUGCUUCUCCGUGGUCAGCCCCUCCUCGCAUGCCAACGUCCGGCACAAGUGGCACCCUGAGGUCUCCCACCACUGCCCCGGUGUGCCUGUGCUGCUGGUGGGCACUAAAAAGGACCUGCGUGGCGAUAAAGAGGCAGUGGAGAAGCUGAAAGAGCAGGGGCUGGCACCCACCACUCCACAGCAAGGCACAGCUCUGGCCAGGCAGAUUGGAGCCGUGAAAUACCUGGAGUGCUCCGCUCUGCUCCAGGAGGGAGUCAGGGAGGUGUUUGCAGAAGCUGUGAGAGCCGUGUUGUACCCCGUCAGCAAGAAACACACAAAGAAAUGUGUGCUCUUAUAACCACAAUUGUGUGUGUGUGUGUGAGACAGA